AUGUUCUUCUCCGCGGCGCUCCGGGCCAAGGCGGCCGGUCUCACGGCCCAGUGGGGGAGACAUAUAAGGAAUUUACAUAAGACAGCAGUACAAAAUGGAGCUGGAGGAGCCUUAUUUGUGCACAGAGAUACUCCUGAGAAUAACCCAGAUACUCCAUUUGAUUUCACGCCAGAAAACUAUAAGAGGAUAGAGGCAAUUGUAAAAAACUAUCCAGAAGGACAUAAAGCAGCAGCUGUGCUCCCAGUCCUGGAUUUAGCCCAAAGACAGAAUGGAUGGCUGCCCAUCUCAGCUAUGAACAAGGUUGCAGAAGUUUUACAAGUACCUCCAAUGAGAGUAUAUGAAGUAGCAACUUUUUAUACAAUGUAUAAUCGAAAGCCAGUUGGAAAGUAUCACAUUCAGGUCUGCACUACUACACCUUGCAUGCUUCGAAACUCUGACAGCAUACUGGAGGCCAUUCAGAAAAAACUUGGAAUAAAAGUUGGGGAGACUACACCUGAUAAACUUUUUACUCUUAUAGAGGUGGAAUGUUUAGGGGCCUGUGUAAAUGCACCAAUGGUUCAAAUAAAUGACAACUACUAUGAGGAUCUGACACCUAAGGAUAUCGAAGAAAUUAUUGAUGAGCUUAAAGCUGGCAAAGUUCCAAAACCUGGGCCAAGGAGUGGACGCUUCUCUUGUGAGCCAGCUGGAGGUCUUACCUCUUUGACUGAACCACCCAAAGGACCUGGCUUUGGUGUGCAAGCAGGACUUUAAUUUAUAUUCAGCUGUAAAUAUUGUCACUGGAGAAAUAAAAAGGAAUCUCCUAUCUACAUAAAAAAAAA